AUGGCACCUUCUCCCCUCCUCUUACUUUUUCUAGUCUCUUUAAGUUGGGCACGCUACUGUGUCCACAAUGAGAAGAGUUGGUGUCAAGGACACAACAUCUGGGGAUGGUGUUUCCACAACAAGUCAUCUGGAGUCUUCAACUGCGACGACGACGCCUUCUGUGUCUCACAGGAUCAGUUGAAGAAUAAAAAAUCGUCGGGGUGCUUCGCCCGCGACAACUCUUCAGUCUGUUGCUGCAAUGAUGCGGAUGGUUGUAAUUUGGGUUUUAUCGGGGUACCGCCUAAAUAUGCACACGGACAACAGUGUGUGAACUCGAUGGAGAUACCCAAUGAGGAUAUUAGAUUGUUCCGGCCGUGCGACGACCCAUACUGCUACUCUCUACUCACCGCCGAAGAAGACGGUGGUCCGACUACAGUAACCCGUGGAUGCCAUUCUCGCAAGAUGGUUAUGCAUUUUAUGUCGAAGAACGAGGAUGAUAAAUUUCAAAACAACACUAAAUGGCGGGAAACGAAAAGAAUAGCGGAAAUGCCUAGCUGCUCGGAGAUAUUGAUGGAUCAAGGAAAGAUGAAUGGAACGAGAAGUUUAUGUAUCGACUUUUUGUUCGAUCAGGAACCCGAAGACGGCGAGGAAGUAGACGAGCCUAUCAAAAUGAAGGGACGUCUCUGCUGUUGUGAUGGAACCAGUAAAUGUAAUGAACAAGCAAUGUGGGCAGACGAAGGAAUCACUUUGACUGAACUAUUGGAGGAAAUCGAAAAAAGAAAAGUGCCUGUCGAUGGGUCCGUUACUGUUUCCUCUCUACUCUCUGCUGUUUUCACUCUAGUUUUUGCUAUUUUUUUUGCUAAUUAG